CCAUUCUCAAAAAGUAGGCUCCGCACCAUUCACAAAAAAGCAAAGCUUCACCAAGGAAGAAUAUGGAUACUGUAUUCAUUGAUACCGAUAGUGAUGAAGAAAAUAAUCAGAAAGAAGAUCCAAUCAUUGAUAUAGAAAGUGAUGAAGAAAAUAAUAGAGAAGAAGAUCCAGUCAUUGUGAAUCGAACGGAGAAUUUCGAUGACAUUUUCGUGGGAAAAGUUGUACUAAAUGAAAAGGAAGCUUAUGAUCUCUACAACAACUAUGCUACGACAUUUGGAUUCAGUGUUCGUAAGGGACAAAAGAGAUAUAAUAGAAAGAAUCAACUAAGACAAGUUUGUUAUCUUUGUUCAAAAGAAGGUUUUAAGGUAGAUGGUGACCCGUCAGAAGCAAGCAAUUCUUAUAAACUAGAGACAAGAACAGGAUGCAAAGCUGGAAUUCGAUUUGCAGUACAAACGGAUGGUACGUUGAAAGUUGCUCAAUUUUUUUCUCAACACAAUCACGAGCUUGCUAAACCAGAAAAGAGGCAGUUUUUUAGAUCAAAUAGAAAAGUUUCUGAAGCCCAAUUGGGUGUGAUUAAAACCAUGGCAGCUGCAGGAAUAAGAACUACAAAUACAUAUUCUUAUUUAGUAGAAGAAGCUGGUGGGUCUCAGAAUGUAGGUUUUACACAAAGAGAUUGCUACAAUGUUGUGAAUAAGGAAAAAAUGGUCAUGUUUGAAGCAGGGGAUGCUCAAAGUUUGAUCAACCUUUUCAAGCACAAGCAAGCAGGAGAUCAUAUGUUCUUUUACACUGUGCAAGUGGAUCAAGAAAAUCGAAUGACAAACUUUUUUUGGAGAGAUGGAAGGUCGCGACUUGACUAUGAGUGCUUUGGGGAUGUUGUAGUAUUUGAUACUACAUAUCGUACCAAUAGGUAUAACAUGAUUUGUGCUCGUUUUGUCGGCGUUAAUCACCAUUGGAAAAAUGUAUUGUUUGGUUGUGCAUUUUUACUGGAUGAGAAAACAGAAACGUUUACUUGGUUAUUUGAUACUUUUUUGGAAUCAAUGGGAGGUCAAAAGCCAAAGACAAUUUUUACUAAUCAGUGUCAAGCUAUGGCAAAUGGCAUUGAAAAAGUUUUUUCUGGGGUAUGUCAUCGUUUAUGCUCGUGGCACAUUUCUCAGAAUUGUGAAAAAAAUAUGUCAAGUCUCUAUGCGAACCCUGAUUUUAGACGUUUGUUCAAUAAAUGUCUUAAAUAUUGUGAGACGGAAUUGGAAUUCCGGUCGACUUGGGAUGAGCUAGUUGCAGAAGUCAACCUUACAGGGUGCUCACGGAUGUGCUCACGGAUGAAUAUGUUGUAUGCGCUUCGUGCCAAAUGGUGUCCGUCAUUUAGCCAUGAUACUUUCACAUGUCGGAUACAAUCUUCACAAAGAAGUGAGAGCACGAAUAAUGUUUUCCACCAAAUUUCUACCAAGACAAUGAGACUUAUUGAAUUUGUGCAUCAUUAUGAUAAACAAGCAGCAAAAAUGCGUACAAGUGAAUCAGAAGAGUCUUAUCGUUGCAAUCAGGGUCUCCCUUCUCGAGUUGCCCAAAUGAGUGGAAUUUUGAAGCAUGCUACUACUGUCUACACUAGGAAAAUGUUUAAAAUAUUUGAAAAAGAGUUUUUGAAUAGCUUAGCAGUGACAAUGCAUGAAUAUGAGAGUUGUGGUACAAUACACUCUUUUGAACUUAAUGAGGAGGGUCACACAAGAGUUUACCUUGUCCAACUUAACUCAUCAGAUGACACGGUUUCUUGUAGCUGCAAAAUGUAUGAGUCCAUGGGUUUGUUGUGUCGUCAUGCUCUAAGGGUACUAAACAUCAAAUCUUGGACAGAAAUACCUUCACAACAUAUAUUGAAGCGUUGGACAAAAGAUGCAAAGAAAGGAUUGCAUGCAAAUGAGCAUAGUCAAUUAUUGCAGGUAAAAGGUGAACCAUCUGUUACAUUGCGUCGAAAUGCUUUGAUGCGAAUGGCUUAUAAUAUAUUGAGUAAGGGAGCAGAGUCCGAAAGUGCUACUAGAGUUGCCAUGAAAAAAUUGGGAGAGAUGGAGGAAUUGAUUGAAAAGGAUAUGAUCAAGUCAAAGGGUGAAGUUAAUAAAGAGAGCAAUGAUAACAAUGAUGAUGAUUGUAAUGCAAAUGGUUGCUCAGUUGAUGAGCCACCAAUAUUGAAUCCUCCGUUGGUAAGGCCGAAAGGAGUAAGCAAUGCCAGAUUAAAAAAUGCUAUGGAGAAACGAAAAAAAAAGGCAUCUAAAGAUACUGUCUCAUCUGGGAAAACCAAGAAGCCAAGCAAUAUAGGCCCUUCACAUAGUUCAACACCAUAUGAUUCAAAUUUUCUUCAACAACUCAGUGUACCCACUAGUACAAAUGUUACGCAAGUUUACCCAACUAUGAGCUUGUUAACAAAAAAUAGUCAUGCAUUGCCUCCAUCAAACCAAGUCUUCCCAGCUGUUAGCUUGUUAACAACAAACAAUCAUGCAUUGCCUCCAUAUAACCAAGUGGAAGAUGAUAUGUUUUGGGUUGGAAACCUUUAA